GCCCCACAGCACAGUGUGUGUCAGCCGUCACUCAGGGCCCCAGUUGUCAACAGCAGAGGGAAGAAGACACACAGAAGAGGAAAUCAGAAAAGAACGCUGCUGCAGUCAUGGACCUGCGGUCUGAGCUGCUCAAGUCCAUCUGGUAUGGGUUCACAGCCCUGGAUCUGGAGAAAAGUGGGAAGGUGUCCAAGUCUCAACUGAAGGUUUUGUCUCAUAACCUUUGCACAGUCCUGAGUAUCCCACAUGACCCGGUGGCUUUAGAGGAGCACUUCAGAGAUGACGACGACGGUCCUGUUUCCAGUCAGGGCUACAUGCCUUACCUCAACAAAUACAUCCUGGAUAAGGUUGUGGAGGGCUCUUUUAUUAAGGAGAAUGUAGACGAGCUCUGUUGGACUCUCACGGCGAAGAAAAACUACCAGCCUGACAGAAGCAGCAGCUCCAUCCUACCAGAGAAGGAUGCUUUUCGACUCUGGUGCCUUUUUAACUUUCUCUCUGAAGACAAGUACCCGUUGGUGAUGGUUCCUGAUGAGGUGGAAUAUCUCCUCAAGAAGAUUUGCACGGCAAUGAGUAUUGAGUUUAGUGGUGCUGAAUAUGAGGACUUCUUCUCCCAGGAUUCAGCUCAGCAAAGUGGAAUCACUGUCUGGGCCUUCCUGGAGAUGAUGAACUCUGGAAAAGUAACCAGAGGAAUCGAUAAAGGAAUUAUCACCAUGGCUAUUGAGGAGGUGUACAGAGAGAUUGUCGGUGAUGUUCUCAAGGAGGGUUAUCUGUGGAAAAAAGGUCAGCUCAGGAGAAACUGGAAGGAGCGCUGGUUCACUCUGAGGCCCAGCAACUUGUCGUACUACACCAGAGAGGACCGCAAAGACUGCCAGGGUAACAUAGUCCUGGACGGGAACUGCUGUGUGGAGGUGCUGCCUGACCGAGACGGGAAGAGGUGCAUGUUUUGUUUGAAAACUCUUUCUAAGACUUAUGAAAUGAGCGCCUCAGACACCAAACAGAGACAAGAGUGGACUGCAGCCAUUCAAACAGCCAUCAGGCUGCAUGUGGAGGGGAAAAAGUCUCUCCAUAAAGACCUGAAGCUGAAGCGACAGGAACAGCGAGAGCAGCGGGAGAAACGACGACAGGCCAAAGAGGAGGAGCUGCAGAGGCUUCGGGCCUUGCAGGAGGAAAGGGAGCGCAAGUUGGCUGAGCUGGAGCUCCUGAAGGAGGCUCAGAAACAGGCUCAGUCCCUCUUGGAGCAGGACGAGCAGAGGAGGCGCCAGCAGCACGAACAGCUCCAGCGUACCCUGGAGAUUCAGCUUCGUGAGGCUGAGGAGGCUCGGGUCAGUAUGCAGGCAGAGAUGGCUCUGAAGGAGGAGGAGGCGGAGAAGCAGAGGAAGAGAAUCCAAGAACUGGAGGAGAUGCAAAAGCGUUUGGAGGAGGCGCUACAGCAGGAGAUAAAAGCAAGGCUGGACGAAGAGGCCUUCAGAUACGCUCAAGCAGGGUUACUGGCAGAGGAGGAGGAGAAGAUGAAGGCACUGAUGUCCCUGCAGGAGGAGCAGGAGGAGUACAUCCUGAAGACAGAGAGGGAGAAGCAGGAGCUGAAGCAGGAAAUGGAGGCCAAGUCUCGGGCCCUGGAUGAAGCGCAGUGGCAGCUGGAGGAGGUCCGGGCCAACCGGCACAGGGUCGACCAGGAUGUGGUGGCUGCUCAGAGGAAGCUUCGCCAGGCGAGCACCAACGUCAAGCACUGGAACGUCCAGAUGAACCGAUUGAUGCGACCAAUCGGACCGGGCGAGAAAAGACCAUCUCUGGGAAGCUCCUACUCCAGCUUCCAGAUCCCGACACAGAGAGACCCCGGGCUGCGUCUCAGGAAGAAAUCAGAAUCCGAGGAACAGCAAAGAAACGAGGAGAGCAAAGAAAAUGUGGACAACAGAAGUGGGUCUGAUUUAGAGAAACGUCACUCGCACGCCUCAAACGGAGACAUGGACAUCCCCUAGAGCCGUGAAUCAGAGGGGCGCCUCUGCAUCGUUCACUUCACUGACAUUUUCUAACAAGAAGGCCAAGAGGCAUUGACUAAUGUGUUAUGGAAGCAGUCACCUAAAACUGAGUUUACAGUACUGCUGUUUCACCUAAACGUUGCAUUUACUGACCUCACAUCAAAGACAGUAACAGUUUUGAGGAUUUUCUGUUUUCCUGUCGAACUAACGCUGUCACUCCUCCCUGUGAGAGAAGAAACCUCAUUGCAACGAAAGAGAAGUUAAAAAUAGAACCACAAAGAAUUCACGUUCUAUUUUUAAAUUUGUAAUAUUUUUGAAAAGUGACUUUUUGAUGUAAAGAAUUUGUUCAGUAUUAGUUUUUGACAUCAUUUAAUUCCUCAUGAACAGGAAAGACAGCGCAAGCGGGGUUGGGUGACUUCCUGUUUCUAAUGUCACAUUAUUGUAAAUUUAAAAAAUGGAUUUAUGUUACAACCAGAUAAAACGGAUGCAUCUUUUACUGGUUAAAUUUGGUGAAUUAAGUAAAUAAUAAAAAAAAAUUGACUUCGAACCAAAAA